AAUCCAAUCCAACAAGGGAAUGUUUUUUUUUUUUUUUUUGACAGUAGUCUACUACACACAUCGGCCUUGGCCACUACAGUAUCAUAUAUAGGCUGUCGAGGAUGAAGAUAAAUUGGAUGUGAGUGACUUGAGCUGCUGUCACGACUCAUAAACGUCUCUUGAGUGACUCUGAAAUUGCUGAUUUAAUGAAGUAAGGUGCAGAGAAAAUUGAGAGAGAUGUGUGUAAUUAUGCGUGGGGUAAACACCCUCCCAUGAUGCAUCUUUAUAAUUAUCCUCAUCAUAUUCAGCAUCAGCAUAGCUGUGGUCACUAUCCAUUGGCAACUAUAGAAGGCAGCAAGAGCUCUCUGAACUGCACCAUAAAGUGGAUUACAAUGGAGAUGAUCAAACUAGUCAUUUCGUUUCUAUUGCUGACUAACAUCUUCUGUCUGGAUGGAGACAAGUGGACAAGUCAGAUUACAUAUGAGAAGUCAGACUUUAUUAAAGAUAUCUUGACAAAAAUGUCUGGAAAACCACGACCCACUCAGCGAUUUUACAACAAAAAGUCUGCCGCAGGGAGUCUGGCAUCACGUAAACGACACAGAUUUCACACCUUUGUUGGUCUGAUGGGCAAAAGGAGCUGAGGGCGGCCAAGUGCAUUCAACCUGCCUGUCGACAGAUGAUUCAACACCAGGAACCACAAAAUACUGAACGUGUUUUUCAAAGUCACUUUUAGGCUCCAUAUUAUUAAUGAAUAUACACCAUACGUAGACGAUUAAGUAUGUGGUUUGUUAAUUGUGUCAUCAUACUGUCUCUCUGAAUGCAUAUACUGUACUGUAUUAGUCGCACUUGCGGCCCCCAGUGGCUAUCUGAAGACCUGCAGAAUUCACGUGAAAUUAUACAGGACAGUACUUUCGGUAUUCGAUCCACACUGAA